AUGUCGUUCUUGUUUGGGAGAGGCAGAUCGCGGGCUGCUGCCGAUCUGCCCAGGCAAGCUCGUGAUCACAUCAUGAAGCUCGAAAGCCCUAACGGGGUCUCCAAGGCUGAAGAGCUUGCUCGCGUGCUCAAUCAGAUGAAGGUCGUUCUCCAAGGCACUCAAGAAACUGAGAGCUCACCCGAGCAGAUCUAUCAGCUCGUCACGGCCCUGAUAGACGAAGACCUGCUCCACCUGCUAGCUACCAACCUCUAUCGCCUACCUUUUGAGUCGCGAAAGGAUACCCAAGUGAUCUUCUCUUAUGUAUUCCGCUUCCGGCCCGCGGCAGCGGCUCCCAAGAGCGACCCCAUCGCCCUGUCUUAUGUGGUGUGUAACAGACCACAAGUCCUAGUUGAACUCUGUCGCGCCUAUGACCACAAAGAAAGUGCCACUCCUGCGGGAUCCGUCCUCCGAGAUUGUAAAGGCCUCAAUGCUAUUGAUCGCAACCGCCCUCAGAGCGGCCGCGGAGUGUUUUGGAAAUUUUUCGACUGGAUCAACAAGAGCUCCUUUGAGGUUGCUGCGGACGCGUUUACGACUUUCCGGGAACUCUUGACGCGGCAUAAAGACCUGAUCCCGAAGUAUCUAUCCACCAAUUUCGAGCUGUUUUUUGACAAGUACAACAACACUCUGGUCCAGUCAAACAGCUAUGUCACCAAACGACAAUCCAUCAAACUCCUUGGCGAACUGCUGCUGGACCGCUCCAACUAUAGCGUCAUGACGGCUUACGUCGAUAGUGGCGAGCACUUGAAAAUAUGCAUGAAUCUCCUUCGAGACGACAGGAAAAUGGUCCAGUAUGAAGGGUUCCACGUGUUCAAGGUUUUCGUUGCGAAUCCGCAUAAAUCCAUUGCCGUCCAGAAGAUUCUUCUCAUGAACCGCGAGAAGCUCUUGGUCUUUCUAGCACACUUUCUCGAGGACCGGACUGAUGACGAACAAUUCAUUGAUGAACGAGAAUUUUUGAUUAAGCAAAUCCGUAAUAUGCCAUCGACUCCCGUGGUCUCUCAACGAUCUGUUAGCGCAUCAUAA